UCAGGAUACAAAAGAAACAGCAGAACUAACUCGCAAAAACUCUCCCUUCUCUCUCACAAUCGCAUUGGAGAGAAUAAGCGUUGUCACCAACGGUCUUAUAGAAAUAGAGGUCUUUCAUGCCUUGGGCAGCCUUUACAUGUCGUCAAAUAUGACAGUAAACUUUGAGGUUAAUCAUACAGAACUAGAAAUAACAAGUGAAGGUGAUGAUUUCGACGUAUUCUGCGGUCCGGAAGCGGUUUGGGCAAAUAUGGUUACAGAAAUCAAAAUAUACGGCCUGGACGACAAUCAGAAUAACUACGAUAAUUACAGAAAAUCCACAACAAAUAUUGACUUGUGUGACUUGAAUAACGGCGUUAUUGCUCACGAUAUUUUCAGUGAAUCUAAUAAUUAUAUAAUUUAUUUCGUUGGAGAUAAUUAAUAGCAACUAUUGGACUGUGUACGAGUGCAAUGCUCGCUUGUAAUGCCUACACCUUAAAAGCAAAUUUUGCUAACUAAUUUAACUGUAAAGCUUUGUGUUUUGUUCUAUUGUUUGGGACCGCCGCUAGGUAAACAAUACCUUGUUAGUUAAGGCGUACGUAAUGAUUAAAUAAUAUUAUUUUAAUUCGCUUUUAUUACAACUCCCACUAGCUACUAUCCCAAGGUACAAUGUUACAAAAAUAACAAGGGAAAAACUAGAAGUAACUAACUAUGAACUGCCAAUCUAACUUAGAUAUUUUAUUGACGAGUUACUACGAGUACAACUAUUACAACUAUUACUAUAUGAGAAUAGGUACAACGAGAAUUCGAGAAUAUUUAAUCGCUCACACUUUUUCCAAUAUGUCCCUAACGGUAAUGGAUAGGUACCGCAUUACCGCAACCCCAGCUGGUAUUUAAGCCUGUACCCCAGGCGCACAAUUAAAAGUAAUUUCGCCGAACCCCAAAGAAAACCAGAAUGGUUACUAUGGAUACGAAUUACAAAUUAAAUGAAAGCUCUUUCAAAGUAUUGAUUGCAUCGUUACCAUAUUUUAUUAUUGAGCAGUUACAUAACCAUAAUGAAAGUGUUGUAACUAUUACGAAUAUUAUCACAGACUUACGCAAAACAAUAUGAACCGUUGUUUGUGUUUACUGGACAGAUAACGAACUGUAUGUACACUUCCAUUGCGGGGGACUCUGAUUACCGGAGACCUGAUAUCUUGACCCCAGAUUGAUAAAUCAGUUUUAAAUGCAGACAAGAUCAUUCUGUGUCCGGCAACUGGACUGAGAAGAUACCGCUUUUAAGAACUCUUAAUGAAACCUGAAGAUAGCCAGGAGAACCCAAGAGAAGAAAAACAAAGAAAAAGUUUCAUCAACCCAAGCCCAAGGAUGCCUAACAUCAAAAUUUUCACUGGCACUUCUCACCCAGAGAUCGCCAAAAGGAUCGUCGCAAAACUAGGAAUACCCCUCGGAAAAGCGACAACAAAAUACUUCAGCAAUAAGGAAACAAAUGUGGAAAUUGGGGAAUCAGUCAGAGGAGAAGACGUCUACAUCGUCCAAAGUGGGUGUGGGGAUAUCAACGAUAACCUAAUGGAGAUGUUUAUCAUGAUCAACGCUUGCAAGAUUGCAUCAGCGUCCCGCGUCACAGCUGUCAUCCCUUGUUUCCCAUACUCCAGACAGGACAAGAAAGAAAAGGCAAGAGCACCCAUCACAGCCAAGUUACUCGCCAACCUUGUAUCAGUAGCUGGAGCUGACCACGUCAUCACCAUCGACCUCCACGCGUCCCAAAUCCAAGGAUUCUUCAACAUCCCAGUCGACAACCUAUACGCAGAACCAGCUAUCACGAAGUGGAUCAUGGAGAAUAUACCGGAGUGGAAAACCAGUGUGAUGGUAUCACCAGACGCUGGUGGUGCUAAGAGGAUGACUGCUAUAGCUGACAGACUAGAGAUCGACUUUGCUAUAAUCCACAAAGAGAGACAAAGAGCGAACGAAGGCGACUCAACAGUGCUAGUCGGAGAUGUCAAGAACAGAAUAGCUAUCAUGGUAGAUGACUUAGCUGACACGUGCGACACAAUAGUCAAAGGAGCGGAGAAAUUGCGCGAAGCUGGAGCUAGCAAAAUAUACGCGAUAUUGAGUCACGGAAUAUUCGCUGGAAAUGCCAUUGAUAAGAUCAACAGUUCAUGUUUGGAGGCUAUUGUGGUGACGAAUACGAUACCUCAGGAGAAACACAUGAAGUUGUGUCCGAAAUUGCAGACCAUUGAUAUUUCAGUGAUGUUGGCUGAAGCGAUCAGACGCACGCAUUACGCCGAAUCAGUGUCAUACUUAUUUACUAAUGUGCCGUAUUAAGGUUUGCUGAAAUUUUACUAAGAGGUUUUAAGAAAACUUGUGAUCUUGACCGAAGAUGGAUUAAAGGGGUACAUUUAAGAAGCUGUACAUACUGUAAUCAAAGAGGGUAACAUGGAAGAGCAUGAAAAUCAUAAGAAAAUGUAUGUCGAUAUUAUUUCCAUUAUGGAUAUCUGACUAAAUAAAAAAAUCUGUAUUAAAAUAA